GUUCGGGAGUAGCCCCCAUACUCUGUGUGUGAUAGUGAUCUGUCUCGUGGUUCGCGAGUGCAUAGUGAGAUGACAAUUCGGUGAGAUGCCGAGUUCAGCUGGGGAUUGACAUUGUGCCAAAGAAUAUGAAGCGGACAUGCACACUAGUAUUAUCUCUUUUAAUAUUGACGGAAAUUACAGCCACGUAUUAUGCUGGAGUAGAAACGGCAGACAUGAGUGCACAUAAUUAUGUUGAGAGCAGGAACAAAGUUAAAUUAAGGCAUAAAAAAGGAAGUGACAACGGGAUCCCAACUGGUCCCUGGAUGGCGUGGAGCGCGUGGAGUGGAUGCAGGGACGGGCGACGCUCGCGGCGGAGGCGCUGUGUGCGGCGGCGGCGCUGCGGCGAGGCACUGCAGGUCCAAGUCGCAAGCUGCGAGAUCCCGGGAAGCCUCGUGCCACCUGCGUCUCCGUCGCUGCAUAUACAAUCAAUCCAAAGCCGCCAAUUAGACAUAAAUGAGGACGUCCAGAAAAGGUUCCGCGGUUUCUCGCCGUGGACUCCAUGGAGCUCCUGUUCCCGACGGUGUACUACCGUCAGAAAAAGGUACUGCCGGCGGUCGGCAUUAUGUGGGCGGAAGGUGAUCCGGCAAAGCGCCCUCUGUUACCUGGAGGGCAGUUUCUGCCACCGCUGGAUCCGCAGCCGCAUGCGCCGCAAGGACCCAGAAAAAACCGCCCCCAACAAGCACUCACACGUAGUGGAAACGAUGCCACCGCCAGCGCUAGCGAUCCACCCUGAAGACUCUCGGGUUACACCCGACGUGAAACUCGAAUGUGGCAGAUUAGGGCGGCGUGAAACAGUGCGCGCGCGGUUGCGCGGCAUGCUGCGGAUUAUAGGUGGCAGACCGGCGCCGCCCGGGAAGUGGCCGUGGCAGGUCGCCGUACUGAACCGGUAUAAGGAAGCAUUCUGUGGAGGUACGCUCAUAUCGCUCCGAUGGGUAGUGACGGCGGCGCACUGCGUUCGGAAGCGACUUUACGUACGUCUCGGAGAGCACGACUUGCUUCUGCGGAGCCGCGGUGAACUCGAAAUGAGGGUCACUGAAGCUGUCAUACAUCCUCUGUAUGACCCCGACACGGUCGUCAACGAUGUCGCGAUGCUAAGGUUGCCCGGCCCCGCCCGUUUGGAUAUGGGGCAUGGUAUCGCCUGUUUACCGGGCGAGCAGCAGACCCUGGCACCACACACUAGCUGCGUAAUCCUUGGCUGGGGCAAGAAGAGGUCUACUGACGUCCACGGCACUAGGAUAUUGCAUGAAGCACAGGUUUCAACUAUUCAGCAAGGCGUGUGCCGGCGCUCGUACUGGCAGUACGCGAUCACUGACAACAUGGUAUGCGCGGGACGCGGGCGCCGCGACUCUUGCGCGGGCGACUCAGGAGGCCCGCUGCUGUGUAGGGGACAAGACGCACGCUACUACUUACAGGGGAUCACGAGUUUCGGCGACGGCUGCGGCAAACGGGGCAAGUACGGGAUCUACACCCGCACCGCCGGUUACGUCGCCUGGAUCAACAAUGUUAUGGACAAUAAAUAUUUCGAUGACUAACUUAACUACACCACCGAUGUAAAAUAUUCAUGAAUAUAGUACAAUAGAGAACUUGAAUGUACUUAAAUAUAUUUAUACUAGCUUUUUCCCGCGGCUUCGCUCGCGUUAGAAAGAGAUAAAAAAUAGCCUAUGUCACUCUCCAUCCUUUCAACUAUCUCCACUUAAAAAAUCACGUCAAUUGGUCGCUCCGUUUUGCCGUGAAAGACGGACAAACAAACAGACACACACAUAGGAUAGACGGUCAACCAAAUCUUGGCACUUAAAAAUGCCGCAAAAUUCUCUGCAGAAAUUAAACCUUCGCCCCUACAUUUUUAAUCAAUUUUUAAGUGUUAUGGCUUGUCGAUGAUUCCGUCGACGUCAAGGUGUAGUGUAGGCAGUGGUCCACUGGUUCACCGCUGGGCGAGUAACUACAAACAUCGCCGUGUCUCUUUUAUUUACACGGGAGUGAUUAUCUUUUGUCCGUUUUUAUAGCUGAUGAUAGCUCAUAGUUUAAUAUACUUAUAGCUCGCGU